AUGAUGAAGGGGCGGAUGCCAGACAAGAACUCGAGGGCCGAGAUCGACAAGGUUUUCGCGCUCUUCGACGAGGACGAGACAGGCAAGAUCUCCUUCCGCAACCUGAAGCGCAUCGCGCAGGAGCUGGGAGAGAGCCUCACCGACGAGGAGAUGCAGGAGAUGAUCGAGGAGGCUGACCGCGACGGCGACGGCCUCAUCAGCCCCGACGAAUUCUACCGCGUGAUGCGCAAGCGGGGGGGCAACCCGUUGGACGACUGGGAUAGCGACGACGACUGA